AUGCGCCUGGCGUGCCCGCGCUCUGUGGCCAACGUCACCGACUACUACUGGCAGAUCGCCGCCCAGAUGGGCUACACCUGCUGGGAGGGCCGCUCCCAGGCGCCCCUCACGGACUACCUGGAGUCACCCAACAACGCGGCGUCGCCCUCCGACACACAGGGGCCCGUCUUCGGCGACAGCGCCCCCGCGCCGCCGCCGCUCACACCUGGCGGCUCCGCAGGCGUGGGGAUCGCGGUGGUGUUUGGCACCCUGGGCCUGGCGGCCCUGGCCUACUUCGUGGGCUACAAGCGCCUGUGGCAGGAGCACAGGGCAAAGAAGUUUGAGCGGUUUCAAGAUGGCGGUGGCGGCGCCGGCGGCGGCGGCAGCGCACACCUCACGCACGCGGACGCUGCGGCGGUGGCAGCAGCUGUGGAGGGCGUUGCGCCGGCGUCGCGCUCGUGA